UGUCAGUGAUCUGUACUACAAAUUCAUAUCAGAAUUGAAUCAAACUGUGUUAGAAAUACUAAGUAAAACAAAUAAAUUAUAAUUUAUUCAUUUAUGUUCUCACUCAAAUCGAUGCAGUUGUCUUUUGUUUGAAUAAUAAUAAAUAAGCAUCUUCGUACUCCCUACAUUAUCUAUUGAACGUUGUACAUAUGCCUAUGUGUUUUUGUAUUUAUAAGAUGCAUUAUUGAUUUAACACAGCACAUGUUAUGGCCUUGAUUUUGAAGUACAAAACAGAAAUUCAAUAAUAAACGUCUCCAAAUAACCUGGUUAAAAUAAUAUUCUAACAUUAGGAUGGCUGUAAAAAAGUGUUGUAUUGAGAAAUGUAGAUCUUGUUCUACAAGAAAGGAAGAUUUGGGUGUAACAUACCACAGAUAUCCUAAAGAUGUAACAUUACGCAACACUUGGAUACAAGUUACACAUAAUAAUUUUACUAACACAGACUUGGCAACCUAUGUGUGCUCCCGACACUUUCGUAAAAGUGAUUUUCAAAUGUACAAGGACUCAAAAUAUGUUUUGAAGUCAGAUGCAGUACCAUCAAUAUUUCCUUGGUCGUCAAUAAAAACAAAAACAGUCAACAUGAAUGUUGUCGAUAUUAAAAAGGAAAAGAGUGAGACUGAUUCUUAUAAAGACAGUAAAGAGUCUGAAGUAGAGAAUUUGGAUGCCAUUAAAAAGUUUAUAGAGGAGCAAGAGAAUGAAAUAUUUGAAAAGGACAAAUUAGACGACAAGGAUAUAAUAAACAAUGCAAAUGUAUUAGACAAAUAUGAUCAAUCUCUGGAAGAAAGAAUGUCAGUUGCUUCCAGCAUGAUGGAUGUAAUACUUAAUGAAUCAGAAGCAUUGAUUGCUAAGAAAAUUAUGAAACCAGGAGCUAAACAGAGCUUAAAUUCAUCAGACAGAGGUACUGCCACCAUGUCUCUGUCAGUUGGCUCUAAAGUGGAGGCAAAGGAUUUUGGUGAAUUCUGGCAUGAAGCUGAGAUUGCUGAAGUUGACUAUGAUGAAAUGGAGGUGCUUGUACAUUAUGAAAACUUUAAAAAGCAUGACGAGUGGAUUAGUGUCAGCAGUCCCAGAUUAAGACCGUUAGGUAGUGGCGAUAAUGUGGCUCCCUCUGAGUCUGCAAAAGAGAUUCAUGAUGCACCACCACAGGUUACAAUUCCUGUAACAGUUAAGGAGGAAAUUAAAAUAGAAGAAAAACCUAAACUGACAUUUGUUGAAGGUGAACGAUGUUUAGCAAGAUGGAGGGAUAAUCGAAGAUUUAUGGCCACUGUUACUAAAGAUUUAGGAAAUGGACAUUACGAGAUAAUGUUUGAUGAUGGGUUUCAAUGGCAAUGCAAUGCCUCCAGGAUGCACAAAUCCAGGGUAUCUACCACUGACCACUUAACUGUUGACACUACAGUACUGACAACUAAUACAUCAGUGCCCUCGCCAAUCCAGCAAGGUGGCCCAAGUAGUGGAUUAACACUCCCAUAUCAUACACAUCUGUUUGAUCCAAAUCGUGAUUAUUUAGGUUCCAAAAGUGAACGUCGAGAAAUGAAGAGAAAGCUGAAUAUUAAAGAAAUAUUCAAUAUUGGACAAAAACGACCAAAAAAGCAGCCUUCCGAGAAAUUGAAGGUAGCCGUGGCGACGCCACCAAAGGUUGUUAAAAAGAAAGUAAAGGAGACUACGAAGCAUCCAGCUCAAUGUACUGUUAAAGAAAAAAUAAAAAAUGAAAUUCCUGAGGCAGUAGCAUCUAUAAUAGGUACUUUUAAAACUGAGCAAGAUGUUGAAGAAAUAGAAGAAACUUCAGAAGAGACUAAAACUUCAGAAGUCACUCAUGAACCAGUAGAAGUAAACACUCAUAGUCAAGAAAUAGAUGUAACUACUCAUAAAAUAGAAGAAAGAAACAGAUGGGAAGAGGAUAAAGUGCAACAAGACAUUAAUGAGGAAACAACAAGUCAAACUACAGAGGAUUUAAAUAAGGUACCAGAUACAAUAGAUACUUCAGAUCUGUCUGACACGCAGAUUAGUAAAAUAGAGGAUGAACAUGUUUCAGAAGAAGAAAUGAAGCUGGAAAAAUUUGAUAAAGAAGAUGAAAUCCGACAUGAAGAAGUGAUAGACAAGAUAAAAGAAGUCAUUACCAAAAUAGAGGAUGAUUUAAACAAAGCUGAAAAUACAAGUUCCCCAAAACCCGAGAUAAAAGAUGAACCAAUAAAAACUGAAAAUAGGAUAGAAAUAAAAGCUGAUAGAGAUGAUGACAAAGAAAAAAAGAAAUUGGCAAAAAUAAAGAAAGGUAAAAAGUUGAGAUUGUUGCAGGAGAGAAAGGUAAAGAAGCAAGUGGAGAAAGUUAAGAGUGAAUUAGAGGAGAUGAAGAAGCAGGUGGAAGAGAUGAAGAAGCAGAUGAUGAUAAGAGCAGAGGAGCUGGCUGAACAAAAGAUAUCCGCGGGUUUUCUGCUACCGGGCGAGUGGUGCUGUAAGUGGGUGAACGGGCAGCCGGUUGGUAAGGUUAGCGAGCUUGAAACAGAGGUUAAAGAUGGGAACACUAAGCCAGGCUUACCAAGACGGAGUGUACAGGUAGAAGAUAAUAGGUUACCUCAAGGUUGGACAAAGCACAUGGUCCGUAGGAGUUUCGGUCAUUCAGCCGGAAAAUGGGAUGUUGUAUUAGUGAGCCCUGACAACCGUAGAUUCCAUACUAAAAAUGAGAUGCGAAAUUAUUUCGAGAACAAUCGUUGUGAAGAUAUACGGUCGUAUGAACAUGUUUUGAUGGACUUUGGAGUUCACCUCAAGUUGUCUCGGCGCAUAGGAUGGGUGACCACCACUCCAGGUGAGGCUGACACUACUCCUGUGAUCACGUUGCCAGCGGGCACACUUUACAGCACGUCUCCACUUGUGAAACAAAGGAAACUGAGCCUUAAGAGCAAGGAGCACCGUGUUAAAAGUAAAAAGCGCAAGUUGGGUGUUAGCAAAAUACGUCGAGAAGCAAAUCUGGUUAUUCCUGGUGUAGAAGGCACCGUUGAAGGUGUAAUUUCAGUUAAACCAAAGUUAAAGAAACCAAGAUCCAAGUUAAAGACCAUAGUAAACGCAGAAUUAAAGCCAGUAAUUGAACGUAUUGAUGCUCCUGUUUUAGAAGAUGGAUUUGUGUAUGUUGGAGCACUAAAAGUACAAAUAAUAGACAACCUCCUUCGCUGCCCGGCCGAAGGGUGCUUAAAGAAUUUUCGUAACAACACACUUCUACAAAUGCAUAUUAAGCAUUACCAUCGAGAAUUGCGUAAAAUGAUGGGUCGAACACCCAAAGUAUUGGACUUAGCUUACGCUAGAACUAUGCCCACCGAUAUAGAACCGCCCAAGACACAUGAACUGAAAACCGUAAAAGUCAAAAUACCAAGACUACCAAAGCGUUACGAUGAGGUAAAACAUGAUUUACAAGAGCCAAAAUUAGAAAUACCCAUAGAGACGCCAACCACACCUGUGAAAGCCGAAGUGGAGGUACCAAAACAAGAUUCUCCUAAACUGCGGCACGCAUUAAUUAAUAAGCCAGUGAAACGACCGAGGGUUCUAUUGCCAGUUAGAAGGGUUGAAAAAGAGGUUGAAAUUAGUCAACCGAAAACAGAAGAUGUUGAAAUGGAAUUGGAUAAAAAUAUUACAGAUUCACAGAUAUAUGAGCCACUUAUAGAGCCUUUAGAUUUCGAGACCGCUAUCUCCACUCAUACUGUGACGAAACCUUUUGAUCGUAAGUUAAAAGAGAAGAGGCUUUUAACAAAGUUGCCUAUAAGCGAGGACGAUGAAUGGUUUGGUGGCAAUUCAGAUAUGGAAACGAGAUCUAGUUUCCCAAGAUCCGGUACUCCAGAUUCGAAAUAUAUGGAUCAAAAGCCAGUGUCGUCAGAAUCGAAUGAGGAGCAGAAAGAAUCAGACAUGUAUAUGUACACAGAGAAUGGGGAACGUAUAAAGAUAGUGCACAUGAAACGCGAGGAGAUCAUUAAUUGUCACUGCGGAUUCCGCGAGGAGGACGGCCUCAUGGUGCAGUGCGAACUGUGCCUCUGUUGGCAGCACGCGCUCUGUCACAACAUACAGAAAGAGUCAGAGGUGCCGGAGAAGUACACGUGCAGCAUCUGCCUGAAUCCGCGGCGCGGGCGGCGCUCGCAGCGGUUCCUACACGACCAGGACCGGCUGUACGAGGGGCUGCUGCCGGGCGCGGCCGCCUGCCCCUCGCUGCGGCGCUCCCAUGAGCUCGCCGGGAACCUUCUACGGGUGCAAGACGCUCUCCACGCCUGCCGCCUCAAGUACCACGUCGCCACCAAGAAGAAUCACCCGAAACUGUACCUGUGGGCUCAGGAUUGGGAGAAUGGUGACAUAAGUCAAGACAAACUGAACUCUGAUUACUCAGACUUAAGUAUCAUGAUCAACAAUAUUGGCAAGGAGAAUCUUCCAGUGAAAGACGACAUGAGGGAUCUGGAUAUGAGAAUUGAUGAAGACAAUGACAGAUUCAGUCAGCGAGAAGGACCGCUGGGUCCACAAACUCUCCUCAGCGGUUUGCUUUCGAGUCCAGGUGGAGCAUCUCUCGAGUUGUCCCUCACCUCUUCAGAAUUGGAGAGGUUGGCAAAGAGUGUUCAAGAACAAGACAUACCACGAGUGACAGCGCCGCAGCCAGAGCCGGCCAUAGAGAACAGCGUCUGCCGGGAACGUCUGCUGCGACAUAUCCAGCGUUGUCAAGCGCUCAUCGACGCGAGACUAGACUCCAUCGAGGCGCAAGUUGCAGAGUUAGAAUCUCAAGACCCAUCUUUCGAGGACGACGAGACGGCUGACUACUUCCCGCGCACUAAACAGACCAUUCAGAUGUUAAUGCGGGAUCUUGAUACUAUGGAGGAGUUAGGAGCCAGUUAGACAAUUUUGGACUUUAAUUUCAUAAACAAAAUUGUCUUUUUUGAUAAUUCAGCUUUAAAUAUAAUUUAGGCAGAUGUUCCCUUUUACAUUUAAGUCUUUAUGGGUUUCCUUUAUUAUAUUUUGAGAAUCAACGUAAAUAAUAGCCCAGUACUUAUAUCAAUAUUCACUAUAAUUUUUGGCAUUUGAUUAUUAAAAGUAUGUAUUUUAAGAAAAUCUAUUUUAAUUACACAUAGAAUACAAGGAGUGUAUCUAUAAUAUAUAUAAUGUUAGCAAAACAAAUGCUGUUUAUAUUGUACUUUUAAGGGGACAGUAUGAUUUAAUUUUAUGACUUGUGUAAUAACUUUAUUAUUCUUAAACAUUUGUGUAAAUAGUACAACAAAAUAAUUAUUGAAAUAAAAGCAUUUACCAAAAAAAAUUGUUUAUACUUGUAUAUUCACAAUUAUAUACGAAACUAUGUUACCUGACAUUUAAUUAUUCUUUAUACUAGAAGUAGAUUAAGAAGAACGUAAAUAUGGUACAAAAGGCGGUAUUAACGCAUAAAC